UUGUUUCCGUCAGGCUUGUUUACCGUGUCAGAGGCUAUGAAGCUCUGAGUAGAAGUAGGGACUGCUGCUCCUGGCCCCGCUCCGCCCACAGAGUCCGAUGGCGGCGGCGGCGCUGAGGGACCCGCCUCAGGGUGGUGUGACCUUUGAGGACAUUGCCGUAUACUUCUCCUGGGAGGAAUGGGGACUCCUUAAUGAGGCUCAGAGACGCCUGUACCUCGAAGUGAUGCUGGAGAACUCUGCACUUGUAUCCUCGCUGAAGAGUUGUUGCCAUGGAACAGAAGAUGAGGAGACCCCUUCUGAGCAGAGUAUAUCUGUAGAAGGAGAGUCACAGGUUAGGGCUUCUAAGGCAGGUCCAUCCACCCAGAAGACCCACCCCUGUGAGAUGUGUGUCCCCAUCUUAAAAGAUAUUUUGCAGCAAGCUGAGCACCAAACUGUAUACCCUUUGCAGAAACCCGACUUGGGUGGCACAUAUGUGAGAUGCUUCUGUUUCAUUGCAAACCUUCGCCAGCAACAGAGGCAUGACAGUGGAGAGAAGCCCUGGAAAAGAGAUGUGGACAGGGCCUCGCUUGUGAGGAGCUGCAACUUCUUUGUGCCAAGGAAGCCUUUCACCUGUGUGGAGGUUGGGGAGGACUUCCCAGCCACCUUGGGCCUUCUCCAGCACCAGGCCACACCCAACAGUGAGGAACUACAGAGUGGCAGCAAGAGUGGACAGGCCUUUCACAGUGAAAAAAGUCAUUACAAGUGGGGUGAAUGUGAAAAAGUUGCCAGCCACAACCACACACUUGUUCAAGAUAAAAGUGUCCGCUCUAAAGAAGGGCUUUAUGAGUGUAACAAAUGUAGGAAAGCCUUCAACUGCAACUACAGACUUGUUCAGCACCAGCAAAUUCACACUGGACAAAGGCCAUAUGAGUGUGGUGAAUAUGGGAAAUUCUUUAGCCAUAUCUCUGGCCGUGUUAAACACCAGAGAAUUCACAGUGGUACAAAGCCUUAUGGAUGCAGAGAACGUGGAAAAUUAUUUACCCGCAACUUUAGUCUUACAAAACACCAGAAAAUUCACACUGGAGAAAGGACUUAUGAAUGCAGUGAAUGUGGAAAAGUCUUCAGUCACAAGUCCAAACUCAUUCACCACCAGAGACAGCACACUGGAGGAAUGCGUUUUGAGUGUGGUGAGUGUGGGAAAUUCUUUAGCUCCAAAUCCAACCUCAUCGAACACCAGAGAGUUCACACUAAAGAAAGACCUUAUGAGUGCAGCGAAUGUGGGAAGUCCUUUAGACAAAGUUCUAGCCUUUUCCGACACCAGAAAGUUCACACUGGAGAAAGACCUUAUGAGUGCAGUGAAUGUGGGAAAGCCUUUAGACAAACUUUUAAUCUCAUUCGACAUGGUAGAGUUCACACUGGAGAAACGCCUUAUGAGUGUAGCGAAUGUGGGAAAUCUUUUAGCUGCAAAUCUGAACUCGUUCAACACCAGAGAAUUCACAGUGGAGAAAGGCCUUAUGUGUGCAGUGAAUGUGGGAAGCCCUUUAGACAGUUCUCUAACCUCAUUCGACACCGGAGUGUUCAUACUGGAGAAAGACCAUACGAGUGCAGUGUUUGUGGAAAAUCCUUUAGUCGCAAAUUUAUCCUCAUUCAACAUCAGAGAGUUCACACUGGAGAAAGACCUUUCGAGUGCACUGAAUGUGGAAAAUCUUUUACCCGCAAAUCUGACCUCAUUCAACACCAGAGAAUUCAUACUGGCACAAGACCUUAUGAGUGCAGUGAAUGUGGGAAAUCCUUUAGACAACGCUCUGGGCUUAUUCAACACCGGAGAAUUCAUUCUGGAGAAAAGCCUUAUGAAUGUGGGGAAUGUGGGAAAUCCUUUAGCCAAAGUGCUAGCCUCAUUCAACAUCAGAGAGUUCACACUGGGGAAAAACCAUAUGAGUGUAAUGAGUGUGGGAAAUCCUUUAGCCAAAGUUCUAGCCUCAUUCAACACCAGAGAGGGCACACUGGUGAGAGGCCUCAUGAGUGCAGUGAAUGUGGGAAACUCUUUACCCACAAAUCUGACCUCAUUCAACACCAGAGAGUUCACACGGGAGAAAGACCUUAUGAAUGUAGUGAAUGUGCGAAAUCCUUUAGCCGCAAAUCUAACCUCCUCAGACACUGGAGAGUUCAUGCUGGAGAAUAUGUGAGAGAUUUGGGAAUUGUGGGUCCAUCUCGAGGUGACGGAAUUGAGAAGGUCCGAGAGGAGCGGCUGUCCCCGCGGCAUAGAGGCGGGUCUGAAGUUCGGCGACGCCGCCCGGGGGCCCCGCGCCAGGCCCCGGAGAGGGUCCGCCGUGCCUGCGUCCCGCCUCUCCCGGCCCCGGUCCGCCCACAGAGUCCGAUGGCGGCGGCGGCGCUGAGGAACCUGCCUCAGGGCAGUGUGACCUUCAAGGAUGUGGCCGUGUACUUCUCCUGGGAGGAAUGGGAUCUCCUUGAUGAGGCUCAGAGAUGCCUGUACCACAACGUGAUGCUGGAGAACUUGGCGCUUAUAACUUCCUUGGGUUGUUGGCAUGGAGCGGAGGAUGAAGAGGCACCUCCUGAACAGAGCAUUUCUGUACAUAGAAUGUCACAGGUCAGUACUCCCAAGGCAGGUGUGUCCACCCAAAAGGCCCAUUUUUGUGAGAUAUGCGGCCCGGACUUGGGAGACAUUUUGCACUUGACUGAGCACCAGAGGCAGAAACUGUACGAUAUUGGGGCGUGGGAGCAGCAAUUGUAUUUCAGUGCAAAACUUCAGCACCAAAAGCAGAACAUUGGAGAAAAAUGCUUCAGAAGCAACGUGGACAGAGCCUCAUUUAUGAAAGACUGCAAAUUUUUUGUGUCAGGGAAGUCCCUUUCCUGUGGGGAGUCCACAUACACCAGGGAGAAGUCAAACAGGGGAACUGAGUGUGGAGCUGCCUUUCACAGGGGGAAAACUCAUUAUAACUCUGGAGAAUGUACUGAAGACUUUAGUUGCAAACACAUGCUUUUUCAGCACCAAAGAGUCCCCACUAGAGAAAAAUGCUACAUGUGCAGCCAAUGUGGGAAAUCUUUUAGCAAAAGCUACAGCCUCAAUGACCAUUGGAGAGUUCAUACUGGGGAAAAGCCUUAUGAGUGUGGGGAAUGUGGGAAAACCUUUAGGCAGAGCUCUAGCCUCAUUCAACACCGGAGAGUUCACACUGGAGCAAGGCCUCAUGAGUGUGACGAAUGUGGAAAAUUAUUUAGCAACAAAUCCAACCUCAUUAAACAUCGGAGAAUUCAUACUGGGGAAAGGCCAUAUGAGUGUAGUGAAUGUGGGAAAUCCUUUAGCGAAAGCUCUGCACUCCUUCAACACCGGAGUGUUCACACUGGAGAAAGGCCUUAUGAGUGCAGUGAGUGUGGGAAAUUCUUUACCUACCACUCCAGUCUCAUAAAGCACCAGAGAGUUCACUCUGGAUCAAGGCCCUAUGAGUGCAGUGAAUGCGGAAAAUCCUUUACUCAAAACUCUAGCCUCAUUGAACACCGUAGAGUUCAUAGUGGAGAAAGGCCUUAUAAGUGCAGCGAAUGUGGGAAAUCUUUUAGCCAAAGCUCUGCACUUCUGCAACAUCGGAGAGUUCACACUGGAGAAAGGCCUUAUGAGUGCAGCGAGUGUGGGAAAUUCUUUACUUACAGCUCCAGUCUCUUGAAACACCAGAGAGUUCACACUGGAUCAAGGCCUUAUGAGUGUAGUGAAUGUGGGAAAUCCUUUACUCAAAACUCCAGCCUGAUUAAACACAGGAGAAUUCACACUGGAGAAAAGCCUUAUGAGUGCAGCGAAUGUGGGAAAUGUUUUAGCCAUAGCUCCAGCCUCAUUAAACACCGAAGAGUUCACACUGGUUAAAGGCCUGAUGAGUGCAGUGAAUGUGGGAAAUCCUUUACCCAUAGGUCCAACUUCAGUGACCACUAGAGUGUUCACAUUGGAGAAAGGCUUUACGUGCAUUUGAAUGUGGGAAAUUCAUCUCCAGGCUCCUAAAACACCAUAGUGUCACAUUGGAGGAAAGCCUUAUGAGUAUGGCAGAUGUGGAGAAUCGUUUGGCCAAAGUCUAGCCUCGGUACACUCCAGAGAAUUCGCAGUGGAGAAAGGCCUUAUAACUUAUAAAUUCAGUGAAUGUGAGAAAGCCUUCCGCUGAAGAACUUACCUCAUGGGAUACCACAGAUUUCAAAUGGGAGAACUACCUUCAAUGUGCAGGUAUAUAUGAUUUCUUUGUUCAGUGCAACAACACAGGAGGAGAUCCCUUAUGAAGAUGCCAUUUGCCUGUAUUGAACCACAUGUAUCCAAACAUCCACUUAAAUUCCAGGUAUGUGGGAGCUGCAUUGCACUUUUUAACCUGUCCAGGGCCCUUGCCAGAUUUAUGUCACUGCCAGUUCUGUAGCAGAAGUCAUUUCACCUCUGACCACCUGGGAGAUGCCCAUAGUAUGCAACAUUCACCCAACCUAGGGUGUUCAGGGAAGGAAACCCCAGUGCUCUCCCAUUUGUGGGAUGAUUCAUGAGUAGCUUGAACACUUAGUCUUUCCCAGUUUUUUUCCUCCCUCAUGAGUUAAAUCAUGGACCUUACCCAGUUUGGGCCUAGAGGACUCCGUUGGUGAUUUGAAAAGGUGGACUACAUUUUUCAGGGAUAUUAUUGAUCUCAUGAGACUCUAGUGAUGGGAUUUUCCAGCCUCCAAGUCACCAGACUGGGGAACAGCCUGCCUCCCAUUGCUCUUGUUUGUAUAAUAAUAAAGGUCUUAUUGUUUAAGUCACCAUUAAUCUUAGGGGUUCUGUUCACUGUAUGGGGUGGUUUGUUGUAAACUGGGUUUGCUGGCUUGAAGAGAUGAACUGCUCUGGUCAGGAUCCCAAACUGUGUGCCUCAGCAGGGACAGUAUGAUGGCAGAAUAUGCCUCUCCAGUUUUGGCCUAGGUUGCAUUGCUGCUCGAAACCUUCAAGGAAAGACUGCAGGGCUUUGUAGUCUUAAUUUUUAGAUGGCAUGCUGUGAUGUUUUGUAGGUUCAGAGUUCAAACUGAGGAGGGGGCUGUUUUUGGUUGCUGUGACAACCUUUAGUGCUUUUGAGAGCAACAUAAACUUAUUCUCUUGUUCACAGGCGAUAUUUCAUCCUGCUCAGCACUGUUGAGGGAAAUCUGUUCCCCAGGUCCUGCAGCGGAGCUAUGUGCCCUGAUGUCCUGAAUUCUGUAGGGUAACAUCAAUGAUUUUAAGAUUAAAGGGGCCAGGGAGGUGAUAAUUGUUACAGAAACACUGGAUUAAUAGAGAGUGGAGGAGACUACAACAUAUAAUGGUUAGAAUGUGCCUCUUUUAAAAGGUCACUCACAACGUUUAGUCACUAUGGUUGUGAAGGAUGAGCAGGUACAGAAAUUCUCAGGACGUCCAGAACUGUAUAUCUUGUGUAGCUGAAGGCCUUGUCAGAGAAAAUAAUCAAAACGUUUUGUGGAUUCCUGUGGCUUCUAUGGGCUGUUCAUCUAAGGCCAUUGCUAUGCAAACAGGAAAACAAGGACCGAGAGGAGAGAGAUUCUUAGUCUAGUAAUAUGGUAUUUUUGACCCAUCCAGUAUCCCUGUUGAAUGAAGUGGAAAUAGUCUUUGUUUCCACUUCAAAAAUUUCUCACCUAUUUUUGCUGCCACUGGGGCAAGUGCUGAACCUGCCCAUUGAGUCAGUAUGGUUGCCAAAACUGAUUUUGUAGAGUAGGAAAUCCAGAAUUUUAAGUUGAGUCAUAUUUUUAAAGUUUUAAUAAGGUAUAAAUUAUA